CAUGUUCCCAAAGGCUGCGUCCGAGUUUGCGACACACGGAGAUGACCGUCCAACGAAGAGGCGGCGUACACACAUGCCAUCUGCUGAAGGAUUCACGAACGCACUCCCCAAACCCGCUUAUAAAGCCCCAGUUCCUCAAUUCACUUGUGCGUUUGACAACGGUAAUACAACACCCGUCGUCGAGAAACCACGCUCGAAAGGCGCGAGUUCGAAACCCCUUUCAAAGGCUACGAUGGAGAGGCAUGCCACUACUUCUAUUUUGUCCAGCGGAAUCAACGAUAGCACUCCCAGCAAGCCCAAGAAUCGGGAAAGCUCCACCCUGAAAUCGGUACAAGAGCUUCACAAAUCCUUGGUUCUGGACAAACCUACGCCUGCAAAGCCAUCACCGGAAUCACGACGCCCUCUCCCAAUUCCCCGACUGCCUUUGGAGCCGCCAUCCAAUGACGAAACGCUUGAACCUGUGGCUCUCAAACAAAUCAUCCCUCCUUCCUUCCCGGCCCCGAAAACGCCCUCGAAGCCGCUUAAACCUCUCCAACAGCCAGCCGCUCCUACCCCUCUCAAACAACCACCUACGAAAGAGCUACGUACGAUCUCAACAACAGGACUCGGGCAGCUCAACCUUUCAUCUCAAAGCGCGACCGAAGAACUAGCAUCCAUUAUGUUACACGACCAGCACCCAGAAUUAUGUCUCCUGGAGCCCUCUCAUCAGGCCAUCGCACAACGUGGUUUAGAGAUGAGCCCAGAGAAGAAGGGAAAGAAUACCUCGAAGUUUACCCGAGGUGGCCUAGCUGCUCGCGCUGCAGCCUACUUUAGCCAGUCCCACACAGGACUUGUCCUAUGGCAAAAGGACUUCGGCAAUCGAACGAACCCACCACCCUCUGAGCUACUUAUUACGAUAAUUAAGGUGCUGCACAAGCCUAUUCCAUCCAGGUCAUUGACCAAGAGCACACCAGCCUCCCCUGGCGUCGCAUUAUGCACCCUCCGGCAGCACAACGGAGACCCCCAUCCCUCAUUUAAGUUUGACCACCUCUACCGAGUCGUAUUCUCCUUUUCUGCUACGAAUUCUCCUGAGCGGUUCCUAGACGACCAUGCUUUCCGCGUGUAUCAACACUGGCAGGUGUCUCUUCAUGAAGACUCAGACCCAACUUCGUGCCGACUGCCGGCCAGUCUGCCCCUUCCGUGCUCCGAGCCCUACUCUACACCUAAUAUCUUAGACUCCCCCAUCGAUGACAUUGCUCUCAUCUGUACUCGUUUCCUCCCUGCUUUCUA